GGCUGUAGGCUGUAGGAGGCAUAAGCAAAUCAAAGCGGAUGGGAUAUGAGAAUGAGCGUCUGAGCAAUGUGUUUUCGGCAAUCGUGGAAAUCAAGUAUUAUUCAAGAUGAUGCGAUAUGAGGAAGAGGGUGAAACGUUGAAAGAUAAAUCCCGAUGCGCGAACAUUCGCGCGGAUCUCAAAAUGUGUUUGCUUCAAAGCGAUUGUUGUAAAAUCUACAAACGUACCCCCAAAGAUUGUCUUAGAUCGUACGAUGGUACAGUUCCUGAUGAAUGUUUUGCUUUACAUAGAACAUUCUUUGACUGUAAACAUUCUAUAAUUGAUGGUAAACGGCGGUUUAGAGGUCCUAAAGGAUAUUAA